AUGGCUUCACAGCGGUCUUUCCCUGAAGACGACUUCAGUAUCUACUAUGUCCUUGCAGAGUGCACAGAUCACUAUGACCCGUGCCCAGUUAAUGAGGCUGAAGAGAACCAGCCCCAUUUCCAGGGGGUGACAGGCCUGCGGAACCUGGGCAACACAUGCUACAUGAACGCCAUCUUACAGUGUCUCUGCAGCAUCUCACCACUGGUGGAAUACUUUCUCUCGGGAAAGUACAUUAACUCUCUUCAAAAGGACUGCAGUGAGGUUGCCACUGCCUUUGCAUAUGUGAUGACAGACAUGUGGCUUGGAGACUCUGACUGUGUCUCACCAGAAAUAUUUCGGUCAGCUCUUGGCAACCUCUACCCAGUAUUUAUGAAAAAGACACAGCAAGAUGCUCAGGAAUUCUUGAUUUAUGUCCUGAAUGAACUUCAUGAAGCUCUGAAAAAGUACCACUGGAGAAAAUCAUAUGAAAAAAAAUCCAUUCCAAGAUGCUGCAGGAGGAUGAUCGCCAAUGAGUCCUCCAUCAUCACCCGGCUGUUUGAAGGGCAGCUCAGUUAUAGCAUCAUAUGUUUAAAGUGUGAGAACUGCACCUACAAGAACGAAGUUUUCACUGUCAUCUCCCUCCCCAUUCCAUCCGAAUACGAGUGCUCUCUUCAGGACUGUCUCCAGUGUUUUUUUCAACAAGACACAUUGACCUGGAACAACCGGAUUCACUGUUCCUUUUGUGAAACCAAGCAAGAAACAGCGGUGAGGGCUGCCAUUUCCAAAGCGCCAAAAACAAUUGUCUUUCACCUAAAAAGGUUUGACAUUCUGGGUACAAUGAAAAGGAAACUGAGGACAGAUAUUCACUACCCGCUCACUAACUUGGACCUUACUCCUUACAUUUGUCCAACUUUUCGGAAACAUCCUAAAUAUAACCUCUGUGCAGUGGUGAACCAUUUUGGUGAUCUGGAUGGUGGCCACUACACUGCUUUCUGCAAGAACUCAGUGACCCAGGCCUGGUACAGCUUUGAUGACACACGAGUCAGUGAGAUUCCAGAUACUUCAGUCCAAACUGCUGCAGCAUAUCUCCUGUUCUACAGCUGUCAGCCCUUUUCUAUACCUAGACAAAAAUGCAAGAGCUAA